AUGAUUAGUUCUGGCAGUGAAUUUCAAACGAUUCAUGAUGAUUCACAAGAUUCAAUGGCUUUAUCUCCUCAAUUAAGUGAAAUAAAUUCCCAAUUCUCAAAUUUUGAUCCAAAUUUGGAUAGUAUGAAUCAUGCUGGUGGGAAUAAUAAUAAUAACAAUAAUAACAAUAAUAACAAUAAUAAUAAUAAUAAUAAUAAUGAAAGUAAUAAUAACCCAUCUAUUUUAACAAAUAAUACUACUAAUUCUUUCAAUGACGGUACAUCAACUCAGCUAGUUAACAGAAUUCAAGAUAGCGAGUUAUUGCAAAGUGCCGCAAUCCAAAAAGUACUCAAUUCUGAUGUUGCGAUCAAUGCCCUGUUAUUUAAAUUUAAACAGUCGUUAUUGACCUGCGAAGAGUUUAUUAAAUUUCUAAGAAAGAAAUAUAUGUUUGAAGAUGAACAUACCCAAGAACUUUUAAAGCAUUAUAGAAACUUCUUUCAAGCAAGUAAUGGUGUUUCUUCCUUAAAAAAGACUUUCCAUGAUAUUUUACAAUUUGAUGGGAAAUUAGGACAGGUAAAGCAAAGUUAUGUCAAAGCAUUACAAAAAAUGUACGAUGAAAUAAGUUCUCUAUUAUUAACGAUGACUAAAGUCAGAAAGUCUAUUAAAGAAAAUUCAAAAAGAUUGGAGAAAGAAGUCAUGGAUUCUAUUCAUAACGCUGAAAAAGCACAAAGCCGUUAUAAUUCCUUAUGUCAAGAUUACGAAAAGUUAAGAAUGGAAGAUCCAACAAAGACGAAAUUGACUUUGAGGGGUUCAAAGACAACAAGAGAGCAAGAAGAGGAGUUGUUAAGGAAAAUAGAUAUUGCAGACCAAGAUUACAGAUCAAAGGUUGACCAUGCUAAUUCGUUAAGGGAUAAUUUUUUACAAAGAGAGAGACCUCAUAUUGUGACAGAACUGAAAAAUUUGAUUCUUGAAAUGGAUACUGCUAUGGCAAUACAAUUACAAAAGUAUACUAUAUAUACAGAGAAUUUGAUUUUGAAUAGUGGUGUUACAAUAACUCCCUUCAAUAAGUUGGAAAAAUCUAUGAAAUCAAUUGCCUCUUCUGUACGAAACGAGAGAGAUCUUUAUAUAAUGCUAAACAAAUAUAAUAGUGGUAAUAAAAACACUUUAUUAAUUAAUAAAAACUUGAUUCCAAUUAAUUAUAAAAUUCAUCCAUCUAUGGAGAGACGAGCAGCUGCUAAAAAAAAGUCUGCUCCUAAAUUUGCAGUUGAUCCAUCUAGGAACUCAAUUCCAAAAAGACAAAUAUCAACACAUAAUGAUUCUCCUUUCACUAACACAUCAAUAUCACCAACAGCGUUUGUUAGACCGAUGGCUUUAAAUAAAAACCAGUCUUUACCCAAUUCAGAAUCCUUCUCCACUGCUAUAUCACAUGUUUCCACGCCAUUAACACCAUCUACAUCAAGUUAUUCCUUAGUCCUGAAUAAUAAACCUUCCAGCUCAUAUAACAAUAUUAAUAGUCAUAAAAAAAAUAAUAAUAAUGAAGGUAAUAGUGGUGAUACUAACACUAGUGAUACUAUAAGUAGCAACACAACCAAGGAUAAUAGCCCACAAAGAUUCCCAUCAUUAGAUCCAGGCAAAAAAGAAUAUCGAUUACCAAGUAUACCGGCAACAUUAGCAUCUCUUAACACAGAUGAUUCAGAUAGACCAGUAUCACAUGUACAGACUAUUUCUAGUUUACCACCUGGUAUACAAAAUAAUUUCAAAACAUUUAAUGUACCUUUAGAGAAUCUCAUUGAAUUUGAACAAGAUAUGGUUCCAACUAUAGUAUCCCAGUGUAUAUAUGUGGUAGAUAAGUAUGGGCUAGAUUUAGAGGGUAUCUAUAGAAGAUCAGCAAAUGUAUUAGAUGUUAGUAAAUUAAAAGAGGAAAUCGAUACAGACCCAUCGAAUAUUUCUAUGAUUUUACCACCCAAGGACUACACUGAUGCAGAUAUUUAUUUAGUUGGAUCCCUACUAAAAACUUUUUUUGCCAGUCUUCCUGACACUUUAUUACCUCACAGUAUAUCAAAUGAAUUAAAGACUUGCUUUGCUAUUGAUGAUUAUACAACUAAAAAGAAUUUUAUGCAUGGGUUGUUAUAUAAAUUACCUGAUGCACAAUAUUGGACUUUAAGAUCAUUAUUAUUUCAUUUAAAAAGAGUGUUGGCUCAUGAAGAACAUAAUAGAAUGAAUUUGAAAGCUUUAUGUAUAAUAUGGGGUCCUACGAUUAUUCCACCAAAUGAUGACGACGUUAAUGAUGUCAAUUAUCAAAUUGCUUUAAUGGAGGUAUUAAUCAAUGUGGCUGAUCAGGCUUUUGAACCUGAGUAA